ACUAUUAUCAUAUCAUCAUCAUCAUAAUCAUAAAUCUGAAAUAAAACCCUAAAUCAAAAAAACUCAGCAGCUCCAUCAACUUUGGUUUGUAUCAGACACAAAUUGGAGUCGCAAAACUCAACUCGCCGGAAAACGCAGCCGGAGUUGCGCAUCGGCCGCCACAAACUGUGAGAAAGUUAUCAAGUUUUUUGUAUGAAUGGCUUUGCAACUGUUGAGAAAUCGCACUUCAGCGUCAACGUUCAAUUUGUUCACCAAUGCUCUUAGACGUUUCUCUACUGCUGAGGUUUCGAACGGUAUUCCUCAGGAGGCACGCGAGAGGAUGAUGUAUUCCGACAUAAACUCACAGAUUGGGAGUUGUAUGCCUCUCUCUUCAAUGCGAAUUGGAACAAUCAUUCACAACAUUGAGCUGAACCCGGGGCAAGGUGGAAAGCUUGUUCGGGCAGCCGGUACCAAUGCAAAGAUCUUGAAAGAGCCCACAUCAGCAUACGUUUUAAUCCAACUACCAUCUGGUGUUAAAAAGCUGAUUGAUACUCGAUGCAGGGCCACUGUUGGUACUGUCUCUAAUCCAACUCACGGUGAUCGCAAGCUUAGAAAGGCUGGUCAUAGCAGAUGGCUCAAUCGGAGACCGGUUGUUCGGGGUGUGGCUAUGAAUCCUGUUGAUCAUCCUCAUGGCGGAGGAGAAGGCAAGAGCAAGAGUAGUGGUGUGGGGAAAGGUUCCCGCACUCCUUGGGGUAAGCCAACCAAGGGUGGUUUCAAGACUGGACCUCUUAAGCGCAGAAAGUAGGUUAGUAGGUAUUUACUAGUAUACAACCUUCACUGUAGUAAAAAUCUUUCUGAUGCUGAUGCUUCCUCUGAGAUGUUUUGUAAUAAAAGUGGAAUUUUUUUAACAAUUCUACUUGUAUCAUGGAAUUGCUUAGGUUUGGCCAUUUUGUGGAUUAUAUGGGUUCAUAUUUUGUAGUUGUUAUUUUUUAAAGUCAAUGUUUUUGAAAAUAUAUGCAUUUUCCUUUGCGAAUCA